AAGUGUAACGUUACAAGUAUCUUUAGUAAAUUAAAAUUGGACACUUGGACAGUACUAUAAUAAGUGGUAAUCGGUACCAAAAACAAUACUUGGCAAGUACUAUAGUGAGUGGUAGUGGAUACUAGUGAUGUUGUGAGGAUGCACCUGCCUUACGAGUCGCGAGGCCGGCGACGCCGCGACAUGGAGUUGGAGCCCUGGUGGAUGCAGAACAUCAUAGAGGAAACCAGAGCUGAACACCCUGACUUGGUCCCAACUGGUAGUCCAGACUACAUGUGCUCCAUGCUGCCCCAGCACUGGCGGUCCAACAAGACCUUGCCUGGUGGCUUCAAGGUGGUAGCCCUUGGGGAAGUGGGAGACGGCACCACGGUCACCGUAAUGGCUGGUAACGACGAGAACUGCUGUGCAGAGUUGAGGAAUAACUCAGCCGUGAUGAAGAAUAGAGUGGCCAAGUUUAAUGACUUGAGGUUCGUCGGCAGAAGUGGGAGAGGGAAGAGCUUCUCAUUAACAAUCACCAUUCUUACGAAUCCCCCUCAAGUAGCAACCUACCAAAAAGCUAUCAAAGUCACCGUGGACGGACCCCGAGAGCCACGAUCCAAAACUAGUACAAACGUAACCCAUCCUAUCCGAAGUUUCGGCUUUCAACGAACCCUCAUGAUUGACUCGGCGCUACGGGGCAUGGAGUACAAGAGUCCUCCGGACAGGAGCAUACGAGCCCUGUCCCACGACGAGAGAGAAUAUAAGACCAAUGCAAAUUUACCUACCGGUGAGAGUAGCGGGAACAUCCUAGGUGCAAGUGAAUGGAACACGGGAUACCCAUCCACCGCAUCGGUCUACCCCGCAGCGUACGGACCCCUCCAGCCAACCUAUUAUAAGCCUGAUCCCACGAUACAUAUACCUUCAGUAAUACCAGAAAUCCCCCUAGGACAUGCCGACUAUGGGGGCUUUCAGACAUCGCCAGCGACCUUCAAGGGUAGCCCGAGUGGCACCGGCGCUUCGCUGACCGACCUGAACGCCCCCACGCCCAUGACGCCGCAGCGAUACGAUGCCGGCUACUACAACAGCUGGUCUAACACCUACAACUAUAAUAAUUACCAGUACAACAAUAUCAAUAACAACCCUUCUUGCCUGCAGUCCCAUGCACCCUACAUAAACCCUAACCCCCAGAUGAUCCUGCCAAACCUUUAUUCCACAGUCAAUCAAAACCAAAUACACGUACAUUUGCACAGCUCAGGGGAUAAACAUAAUUUAGAGCAGUACAUACCGAGUGAGAUUAAAAUUAGCGAUAUCGAUGGGGGGAUAUCGAUAACGACUGAACUUCAAGGUGGUGGGGAAGGAACAGGGUUAGUGCAGACUUGCGAAUCCGGGGACGAGAAGCACGGGCUCUACGGCGCUGGCAAUCAGGAGGUGUGGCGACCCUAUUGACAGUACGCUAAUCCUUAUGAAGAAAAUCAACAUUCCGUUGUACAUAUUGUGAUAUAAUUUUAUAGCUAAAAUAAAUUGUAAAGAAAUAUUAAUGUUAAACAUUAAUUACC